AUGAGUGGGAGAACCAGGUUUCCUUUUACACCGUCUCAGUGGCAAGAGCUUGAGCACCAAGCUCUUAUCUACAAGUACAUGGUUUCAGGCAUCUCCAUCCCACCUGAUCUCCUCUUCUCCAUCAAAAGAAGCUGCUUGGACUCUCCUCUGCCUUCAAAGCUCUUCUCACACCACCCUCCGCAUAUUGGAUGGAGCUGUUUCCAGAUGGGUUUGGGGAGGAAAGUGGACCCAGAGCCAGGAAGGUGCAGAAGAACAGAUGGGAAGAAAUGGAGAUGCUCAAAAGAGGCAUUUGCUGAUUCAAAAUACUGUGAGAGACACAUGCACAGAGGCAAAAACCGUUCAAGAAAGCCUGUGGAAGUUUUCAAAACACCAAUUACAACAAACUCAAACCCAUCAUCAUCAACACCAACAACCAUCUCAUCAAUCACAUCCAAGAACAACCCCACUUCUACAUCAACCCCAACCUUCCAUUCCCUUUCUUCAUCACUCUCAUCACUGUCCUCUGAGUCCCACCACACUCAGCUCAACCACUCUAGUUACAAUACCAAUCUUGAUCAUCACCCUUUCCUUUUUCAUCACACAUCUUCUUCAAGGCCUCCUGGAUUUGGUUUGUCAAAUCAAGAAAGAAAUACUUCCUUGCUUCUGGACUCUGGUUCUUAUCCCCAAGCCAGCUCAGAAUACAGAAAUAGGUAUGUUUAUGGGCUGAAGGAGGAGGUGGAUGAGCAUGCAUUCUUCUCAGAACCUUCGGGGUCUGUGAGAGACUUCUCUGGCUCUUCAUCUAUGGAUGACUCUUGGCAGUUCACACCACUGACAAUGAGUACUUGCACUUCUUCAUCUUCAAAACAGAGAAGCUGCUCUGCUUUACAGAGUGAACACUCUCAGUUGCAGCUUCAGAGCAAUAUCACUCCUAAACAGCAGAAUUACUAUGCUUUGGGUAGUGACAUGAAAAUGGACAGAAAUGAAGGAACCCAGAAAACCAUUCAUCGCUUCUUUGAUGAGUGGCCCCUGAAAGACAAAGAUUCAUGGCUUGACUUGGAUGAUAAAUCAUCAAACAGUGGAUCAGUUUCAAACACCAGGCUCUCAAUCUCCACUCAUGACUUCCCCGUCUUCAGCUCAAGAAAUCAUAAUGAUGACUGA